CUGGAUCAAAUGUCGUGAAUAUCCCCGCUCGCUCGUGCUUCCAACCGCUGAUGAUAAGAGUAUAACACGAGACGGUUUAGCCAGGAGAGCGGUUAUCAUGGAGCUCUACUGCUGUUCCCGUGCUAAGAGACAUUGGAGGCGUUUUUCCUUUCUUUUGAGAUUUAUAGCUCUGCUUAUGUUUCUUGGUACAGCUGAUGGUCAAACUCGAUCGUGUUACCGAGAUAGGGAUCGAAAACUUCCCGUACGCUGCAUGCCUGAAUUUGAAAAUGCUGCCUAUUCCAAACCAGUUGAAUCUAACAAUACUUGUGGGAUUCCGCCAAGCGAAUUUUGCGUGCAAACGGGGGUUACUUCGCCUACAAAGGAGUGUACAUUUUGUAAUGCCUCGGAUCCGCUGCUCCGUCAUCCCGCAGAUUACAUUACGGACAUCAAGAACGAUCAAAACAGAACGUGGUGGCAAUCGGAGACGUUACUUGUCAAUAAUCCAUUCAAACCUGUAACUCUAACGAUUGAUCUCGGCAAGAGCUAUGAUGUUUCCUACAUCAGAAUUCGUUUUCGAUCACCGAGGCCUGAAUCAAUGGCAAUUUACAAGCGAACAAGCACUGAUCCUAAAGAGCCGUGGACCCCCUAUCAAUAUUUUUCUGAUUCGUGUAAGAAAACUUACAACGUGGAACCCAUGCAGAUCGUUUCCCCAGAAAAUCAACAAGUGGCUUUAUGCACGGAUGAAUUCAGCAGUAUUUCGCCUCUAACUGGAGGAAAUGUUGCUUUCACCACGCUGGAAGGCCGACCAGAUAAUUUGAACUUUGAUAAUAGCCCCGCGCUACAAGAAUGGGUUACUACGAGCGCAAUCCGUAUCGAUUUGGAUAAAAUGAAUACAUUCGGAGACGAAGUAUUUGGAGAUGCUAAUGUUUUACGUAGUUACUACUUUGCUAUUAUAGAUUUAGCUGUCGGUGGACGCUGCAAAUGCAAUGGUCAUGCCGCAAAUUGCGAGAAGAAACAGCUUCCAAGUGGUAAGAUGGAGCUGCGAUGUGUUUGCCAACAUAAUACAGCGGGUGUUGACUGCCAGGAAUGCAAACCACUUUACAACGAUCGCCCAUGGGCCAGGGCCACCAAGGAUAACGCCAAUGUGUGUCGCAGUAAGUUCUGAAGUUUUUUUACUCUAGUUACUUAUUAUUGGGUGUUUUUGUUAAUGCAUACAUUCGUAAAUGUUGUUUGAGUUCUCUCUAGCGCGCCAUCAGUUCUGUCCCUCCGGGUUGUCAAUUUCCUACUGGGCUCUCUUGUAGACGGACGCUAUUCACGUGUGUUCAGACAGGCCGAUCAAUUUUCAAAGGCACUCUAAAAGGUUCAUGGAAGUUUUACUCCAUAAAAGUAUUUGUUUUAUGCCUGUUUGACCCAUUCCAGGCCAGCUUAGAGCUAAAAUAAGGCAAAUUGCUGCCUUGAGAAGUUGAACUUGAAGUUCGCCACCGGAAGUUGGUCAUUUACCGGUCUUCGUACGUGUUUCGUGACAGGGUGGAGAAACCUCAAAGACACUUUGAUCCGCUGGAAUGUAGGAAUCCAGAUUUAUGUGUCCAUGUUUACUUUUAUUUAAAUGGAUAACUUCGUGUAUUUGGAAAAGAUAAGCUGAUAGUACAAUCCUUGGCUUAUGAAGCUAGCUAUAAGCUUACUAAUUUACGGUUGUUGUCAUAAAUGUGCUCGAAACUGUAAGGAAAUACCCCGAUUACCUUAUCGAUUUACGGACUUCUGCGAAAAUCAAAGAUAAAAAUCGGCUAUAACGGCUAAAGAAAGUGUUAAAUACCUAAUAUGUGUUUAACUUUAUAUACAGACACGCACAAGACGGCGUACUUGAUUAGCUCCAAGCUAGUCCGUCAGUUUCGGUGUCCAUUGUAGAGUAGAAAGAUCAGACAAGGUUGACAUGAUAAAUGUAUACAUCAGGUAGAGUUUGUCGCUUUUCUUUGCUUCUUUGCAAUAAAAAGGCUGUUUAAAUUGUGAAGGGAAGCUGCGUGUGUGAACCUUUUGAUUAUUUGAUAUUUGUGUAGGUAGGGGUUUGUUUAACAUAUUGUAGAAACCACAAACUGCUUGCAACUUGAUACAGGAAGCUACUUCUCCUAGAUGAUCCUCUUUCAAAUCUAGAUGAUUUGUAAAAUCUAACCCCAUGGAAAGAAAAAGCCUCCUCAUUAUUAUUUGCACAUACUUUAUACAAAAAAAUUACUAAACCAAAGAGAAAAAGUAGUGAUUGGCUUGUGUUUUUUAGCUUGCUUGAUUUUUCUCACAGGGUGGCAGAUUUUUUUUAAGGUCAUACAAAAUUUGAUUUAAGUGCUGUCUCGGUGGGUCUCAUUUUUUUCCUUUUUUUAAUCUUUGUCUCUGUCUAGCAUUUUUGAAGGUAAGAAAAAACAAUGAGUGUCCCCAGAAAAAAACAAUGUUAGUCCUAUAAUUCAUAAAGGCUGGCUUCAGUUGAGGAUUUUUGCCCUCCCUGUGAGUGAUUCACUGUAAAAACAAUGAGUGAAAACAAUUCUCUUGAAAGUGCACUCAUCUUGCCCAACCUAAGACCAAAAAUAAGAAGCUUAGAGACUAGAAUUUGGAAGAAUUUUGGAGUUGGUUUCGGUGCCAUUUAGGGCUUGUUUGAUUGAUGGUGUUUCUGAGUGAAACUCUGUCUGUUUGUAUAACUGUUGAUAGUCUUCAGUUAUAAUUUUAUUCUUUAAUUUGUUGAAGUGAAUUUAAGCUGUAGUUACCCACAAUGAGUGUUUGUUUGGUUACAGUGCUGCAUGAAUAUACUUUUAUACUGCCUGAAAGAAAAGUCUCUUGUGUGGUUAGUGUAAACAUUGUUGUGCAUUUUUAUCAGUUUUCCAGGCUUUGGAAAACUCUCAUCAGCAUCCGGCACAUUAAAAGGUUACCCUCAGAACAAUGCUAACCUUUUGUGUUUGGUUUAUAAUAUUAAGAACAACUGUCAUAAAAAUAUUAUGAAAUCAAGUUUCUCUCUCUAAUGCCCAAGUGUGUGUUAUCCUUAAUUACAUUCUUGGUUAACUCUAAUGGCAAGCGCCAAAUUUUUAUAAAGGAGGAAACUAUGAACCAGAAGAACCCAAAACUAUGAUACAUCAUUUCUGGAGUGUGCUAUAAAUGAUGCCUGAAACAAACAUACAAGGCUUCACCGAUUAAGACUGGGAGGUGACCAAAACAACAAAAAAACAAAAAAUAAUGCUUUCAAUUUUUUUAUAGCUCAUAUAAUUUGCAUCUUUCACUACAUUAGCUUUUGUAAGAUAUCAUCUUGAGCAGUUAAGUACAAAGGGAAAAGGUUCCAAAGUCGUAAAACUCAAUAUUGUAGCAGACAUAGACUGCAAGUAGUUACACACACCCUAUUUUCAGGGUCAGGGUUAGUGAAGGAAACAAAAUUUAUGAACUCUGUGAAAAUUCCCACCCACGUAGAAUGGUGACCAAGUCUUAUGUGAGAGAGGGAAAGGAUUUGUGCCUUAGUUGUGUGGAUUUUUCUAUUAUAUUUUCAUAAUAAACAUGGAAAUGCUCUAUAAAUUAAUGAAUAUUCUUUACAUUAUGAUGCCUUAUUCUGUCUCAAACAUAUAGAGUGAACCCUUAUCCACGUUAAGGUAAUACUCCUGCUUAUAUCACUUAAAGGAUGUACCUGGAAAAAAAUCCGCAGUGAUGUCUGAUAAACUACUAUUAUUCUCUUCUAAUUUGGCUUGGGUAUGCGUUUUAAUCAAAGGGAGAACUUGAUGUUACUUCAGGAGUCAUUUGGUACAUUCCUUUACUUGCAGAUUAUUUUCCCGUUCGUGCUUGUUUCACAAAGUAGUUCAAUCAGAUCCACUUGAACCUAAGCAGUUUUGAACCUAAAAACUCAGGCAGUACUACAGCUGUGUUGUAACUUAAUGUAAUAAGCUGUUGAAUCUUGAUAUUGCAUAAUCCAAGAAAACACAUGCAAUUUCUUGAAGGUACAGUGUGUAUGACUUUACAUUGCUGUUCACUUGAUUAUUAGAAUGCAGCUCAUUUCUUAAAACAGGGAGCAAUUCCUUUUGCAAUUUAUUUUAAUUUUUGGAAUUUGUAUGUUUUUCUCAUCAUGUUCCCUUGAAGUGUUAAAACAACAGUAAUUUUAAUUAACUCCAGAAACAUUAAAUAGAAAACUCUGUGGGAAUCAGACAGGAAUGUUUAUAUGAUAUUUAUAAUUGGUUUACAUAACAAAAAUGAUUAUAUAUACAAGGUAAUAUACAAUUUUGUGUUUGAAAAAAUUCCUGAUUGAAUUAAUAACCUUGCUGAUGUAAAGCAGCCUAGACAAAAGAGAUUAAUUUUAGUAGUCUAGCUUUAUUUCAUGACUGUAAAGCUGAUUUAGCAAAUAUGUUAAGAGACUGGUGUUAAAAUAUGAAGCAAAUUAAUUCAUGUACAAUCAUCUGCAUAGUGCAAGUAAAUGUACUCUAAUUUUAAGCUUUCCAUCACUGCUUUAGCUUUUUGAAUUUCUUCUGACAUACCUUUCAUCAUAUUAAUUAAAAACACCUUAUUACUGUCUAUAGCCUUAGAAGUAGAAGUGUUAUGCCUUGUCCUACAUUUUUGUGUUUUGGUUGAAGCCAAGCAUGACCUUUCAUAUUUUUACAAUAUUCAGCAACAACAACAAAUUUAUUUUACAUCAAAAUAGAUUACAAGGAAUAAUAAAAAUGAAAAGGAAAAAGGAAAUAUUUGACUUAUCCACAGUUAGCUUUAAUAACCUAAUUGAGGCCGGAGAUGAAGUGGAGAAGAAAGAAAAAAUAGACGUAAUAAUGAUAUGUAGAGAACAAAAAUUGAAGUUUAAAUUGAUACCCUGCACACAAUAGAUUUACAAAAAAUGGCUUAUGACCUGAUGCCCAAAACAAGAAAAGGUGCAUAAUUACACUCUAUUAUCAGGGAAAUAUGCCCUUAGUGUUACCCAUUCCAAUGCUAAUUAUCCAUAAACCACUCCAAAAAGGUGCCAAAGGGUUAAGGUUAAAGAAAGUGGUGCUAAUAUGUAAAUCAAAGUCAAGAAUCUUAACUUGUAGCGGACCUAAACUGCUGAGUCAAUUGUCUCCAGCAGUUAUGUAUAUUUAUAAUAAUUAAAUUUUAAUUUAGUAAAUAUCUGGUUUUUAAUUUUUUUUUGUCAGAAUGUGACUGCAACAAUCUAGCUGACAGCUGUGUGUAUGAUGAACAGCUUGGACAUGGACGAUGCCUCAACUGCAAGAGAAACACUGCUGGGCCAAAAUGUGAACGUUGCCGUGACAACUUUUUCCGUCGGACACCUUCAGAUGACUGUCAGCCAUGUAACUGUAAUGAGGUUGGUUCUGCCUCGUUACAGUGUAAUUCUACAGGGCAGUGUGUGUGCAAGCCAGGUGUCACUGGUGUCAAAUGUGACAAGUGCCAGGCGGAUAACUUUGGAUUUUCGCAGACUGGUUGUCGGUAAGUCACUAAAGACGUGAAUUUUUCUUGCAGCUCAGUUGUAGAGCUGUAUUGCUAACCUCCUCUGCUAACAGACAGGUUUCAUAUAGGUCGUCUUGAAUAAUUCUUGAAAAAGUUUUGAAAUUUGCAGAUCCGUUUUCCUUUUCAUAUCUAUUUCCAUGCACAGACUAAUGAUCAUUCUGGUUGCUGGUUGUCCAAGAGGCAUUAUCUGGCCAUUUGGGUAUCCAUGCUCAUCCAGUGAAUGAAUAGUGAUUUUCGCAAUUAGAUGUGGAGGAGCUCUAAGGUGCAAUAAUUAAGGCAGAUAUCCCACCUAAGACAAACAUUCAUUCAUCUGAUACAUUCUUUAUAAAAAUGCUGGUGUAAGUACGUGGUUAACUGAUUAAAUUUCUACCCUGAUCACCAUAGAGCCUCCUUAUUGCUCAGUCAACUUAGAGCAUCCAGACUAGAACAGGGAGGGUUGUGAGUUUGAAUUUUUUCUGAGCUUUCUGGUGUUAGCAUUCUCCUCCUUCCAAAUUCUUGUGUUUGACUAAUAAGGCAGUCUCGAACAGAACAUUUUCAGCUGCUCCACCAGAAGAAGCUCGGUCCACACAACAAUUUUGCAGAGAUUGUUGUGGCAUACCUUAUUAUAGGAAAUUAACGCUCCAUGAAAUUAAGGUAUUGGAAAUUAACGCGACUUAAAUUAACGCGAAUUUAAUGGAAAACGACUUUCGAAUAAAGAAAAUUUUCGCGAAAGAGGCGGAGAAUUUCAUAAUAAAGAAAAUUAACGCGAUUAAGACACAGUUGGUGGCCGAAAUCAAAGGAGAAGAUAUUGACAUCACUUCUGACAGAGACAAUGAUGAAGAUGAACUCGAAAUAUUGUAAACCUUCACCUUAGCUUUUGUGUAAGUUGAAAAAUAAAGGGUAAAUGGAAAGAAAGAAAGCUUGUGGUUAAUGUUUUUUUAGGUGUCAAGAAUGUCUGGACAGGUUCCAAAAUUGGGGUUAAAAUACUGGAAAUUAAGAGCGCAGAAAUUAACGCUGCACUUAAUUAACGUGGCGGAAAUUAACGCGACUUAAAUUAACACGAAUUUUAACAAUUCGCAUUAAUUUCAUAGAGCGUUAAUUUCCUAUAAUAAGGUAAAUCCACAAAGUUGACAAGAUUCCUCCAUAUCAGCAGUUUCUUUGAGUAUCUUGAUCUAGCAAGAGACGUCAUGUUUCUUCCUUUUAUCUGUUCAUUUUCUUCAAGGUUAUUUAUAGUGAGUGAUACAGUUUUUCAAACUCAAGGACAUGAGAUCUUCCAGUCUUCUAAGCUGCUUUGAAUCAUUUUAUUCAGCUGAUCGAUGGGGAUUCCACAUAUCCCAUAUAUUCCAUGUAUUGUUUGAACCUACAUCUGUGUCACAAUUUUGUCACACCAAAAAGUGCCUGAUUGUUGACCUUAAAAGUAUUUUUCCUUUGUUGUUUAGGCCCUGCCAGUGUUCCCCUGAAGGAAGUGACCCUAGUAACACACAGUGCAAUGAAAAGGGCGAGUGUUCAUGCAAAAGGAAUGUCAUUGGUGCCAAGUGUUCUCAGUGUAAUACUGGCUUCUAUGGCUUGGAAAGCUCGAACCCACAUGGUUGCAAACAGUGUUUCUGUUACGGACACACUGGCAUUUGUAAAGUAGCUAAUGGUUAUACUGGACGCAACAUUUCUAAUCAAUUCACGUCAGGCUUAGAGGGCUGGAUGGUUGUGAAUGAACAAGGUACAUUUUGCUCUCUUUUCUGUUAAACCUGUUGUUUUCAGAAAUACAAUCUAAGACUAAGUAGCCAGGUGAAUAGGUACAUGGAGGAAGCAUCAACAAGUGUUAUUAAUUUUUGUGAAACUAAUGAUGAAUAGGACUAUUUUAUAAUAGGCAAGAACUAUAUGUUUUAACAUGUUUUUUAAAGCUCUUAAUUUUUUUGAAAAUGAAGAGUAGUGAUUCACAGCAGUUACAAAGCAACAUUAGUAUCUUAUGAACUUGUUUUAGUUCUCUGAACUGGUUUUGUCUGAUCACACAGACUUCAUCAGAGAGUAUACUUUCUUCAAGAGUAAAUUAAAACAUUUCAGAAACCCUUUUUUUGUCUAGUGGCACUUCUCAGUUUAGAUCAUGUGAGGAAAUGACUUCCACCUUGGCCCAGUUAUGUAAAAAUUGUAUGGUGUUUCCCUCUGAAUAGAGAUUUAUCCAGGAGAAAGUGCCAUGUCCACUCUUUGAGCAACUGGGCUUCAUUUUUGAAUGUCACACAUUAAAGUUCUACAGUUGUAGUGUAGUGUAACACAAUGCAGGACCCCAAAAAGUCCUGUCUGGUAGUUCGGGACAAGCAGAUUUUCUAGCUGGGCGAGUAACAAAAGUCCAGCCAAGUCAUCUUACAACAAAAUCAUUAACUAAGACGGGUAAGAAGUGGCCAAGAAAUUUGUACAAUCUGCUUGCCCAAUAGCCUCCCACACAGACGUUCUUAGGGGUUCGUUACGCUUUCCUGUCCCAAAGGACAAGCUGGAGUCAGGUUUUUUUUCCCCAAGCCCUUCAAUGCCUUGGUAACCUCGAUGAACAGUAGAAGUUGUAGCAGUUUUUUGCCUUUACCCCUAAUGUUUACUCCAUUUGACUUAAGUUAAUACAAGCUUGCUUUUAUGAACUAGGUACAGAUGUUACUGAACAGUAUGCCAUUCACAGCCAAGAGGACUCACAUGUCAGUGUGACAGCUGUUGGAAGUGAGGUCCUUUACAUGUCUGCACCGGCUUUAUUCCUGGGAAAUGUUCGUAGCAGUUAUGGCCAGCUUUUUGGUUUCUCAUUCCGUGUUGCAUCCACUCAGGGAGUACAAGUUGAACCUGGUGAUAUCAUUCUAGAGGGUCAAGACGGUCUGAAAGUCUCGGCAAGACUCAAUGCACAGGGCAACCCUGUCCCCACAACCUCUUUCCAAAGCUAUGUCUUCAGGCUUCACGAGGAUCCAUCUUUGGGAUGGGAACCCAUGCUUAGAGGAUUUGAUUUUCAAAAACUUCUCUCAAACCUGAAGGCCAUCAAAAUACGCAUGAACUUUGCACCCCAGGGGACUGGAUUAAUUGACAGUGUAUUUCUUGAGUCGGCAAUUUACGAUCCUACGUCACCUCUAAGUGUUCCUUGGGUUGAAGAGUGCAGCUGCCCAGCACCUUACACUGGUGAUCAUUGUGAACAAUGUAGUGACGGUUAUACAAGACAAAAAGGUGCUCCAGAUAAAUAUGGCCAGUAAGUUGAACGGACAAAAAUAAUUUGUCUUUUAGAGUAGCCACGUGCCCAUUUUUCUCAACUUACUCACUUUUAACAGCAGCCUCACCAAAGCCAAAAGCCAAGGAAGAUCCCAAAAUGUCAUGUGAUAUGAUUGAUACUAAAAAACGCAACACAAACGCUUUAACUUUGACGAGAAAAUGUUAUUACGCACAUGUAGUUCCUUCAAGAUAAUUUUGGGAUCUUCUUAGUUUUGGUGUGUAAAGUGUAGAUCAGCAUAGUGCUAUCUGCUGGUGUCUAUAAAUUUACUUUAAUUGAUUUAAAAUAAAUAAUCAUGAAAAGCUGUGUGUUUUAAAAGAAACGAAGAAGAAGAAGACCAUUUAUCCUGUCAUUUAUUCUCAGUAUGAAUGCCUUUCUUGUUAAGUGGUGGUUUUUGGUUUCAAUUCUAUAGGUGUAUUCCUUGUCAGUGUUAUGGACAUUCCGACACUUGUGAUCCUGUGACUGGCAAGUGUGUCUGCCAAGACAACACCACAGGCGAUAACUGUGAAAGAUGCAUAGAUGGCUUCUAUGGAAACCCUACAGAGGGUACUAAAGAUGACUGUAAGCCUUGCCCAUGCCACUUUGCAUCACGCUGUAUUCUGAUUGGUGAGAAGGUUGUUUGUACCGACUGCCCCGAAGGUCAUGUUGGUGAUCUGUGCGAAGAGUGUGACGAUGGUUACCAUGGUGACCCAACAGGGCUGCUUGGAGAUCCGACCACCUGUCAGAAAUGUAAUUGCAGUGGUAAUAUAGAUGUGAAUGCAAUAGGGAACUGUAAUCCACUUACUGGGGAUUGUCUAAAGUGCAUUUAUAACACCAGGAAUGGACCACUGGAAAGAUGUGAACUGUGUGCAGUCGGAUUCUAUGGAAAUGCUACUGACUAUCCUAAACCACAGUGUGUUGGUAUGUGAAUUGAUAUACAGUAGUAGAAGAAGCUUUCACCAUUUUGAUGUACGUUAUCAACUAACAGUUUCUUGUGUAAAUGGUCACACCAUAAGAUUUCAUCGAUUAACUCACAUCUACAAAAAACUACAAAUUCUGCUCUAAAGUUGACUUAAACAGCAAAGAAGCUUCUUGAUAGACGAUGGUUAGGACUAUUUUACUUUCGAAUAGCCGUGAACUCUUCCGCCAUUUUCUUGAAUUCACUGCUGCUAAAAGAGCGAGGCUGCCACGUAGCUACUUGGAAAAGAGGCUGCGAUCGCAUCUUCCAAAUUUGGUCUCUUGUUAUGGGGGAUUAAAGCAAUCAGAAACAGUGAAAUCUGUAGAUUGAAUAAUAACAGAGGUUAUUUAUCAAUUACAGAAAGUUUCUGAAAACCCCGGUUGGAAGGAAAAUGGAACACGACUUUUUGAGUCGUUUCAGCGGAAAAUUUCCGGGAGAGAACAAGGUAGUGCGGUUAAUUUCCCAAACGGAAAUUCGUGUUCCAUUUCUUCAAAGCCAUCUUUGUUACCCGUUUUUAUGUUUUAGGCCUUCGGAGCCGUUUUUCAGUAAAAGGAACUGAUUUGUACAAAUGGUAAAGGCGAUUCCGGAACGAAAAAAAUUUACCCCGGUCCUGCUUAGUUCCGGGGGUACUCAACAAAUGUCUAUAGGGAAGGCUCCGCCACAAGGUCCAACCCCUUAGCUUUUUAUAUACCAUUUUUCACGAAAAAGGUCGUAUACCUUCUAUUGACAAAUGGAACCCCUUUCACAUACCUUGUUUAGAACUUUGCAUCCCUUUUAACAGCUGUAAAUGCACUGUCUUUUAAAUAGGAAUCAAUCACAAAAUAGAAUGUUUUUUCGACUUCAUAAAGCCAUAAAAUUCAUCUGUUUGGGCCCUUUCACAGACCCAAAUGACAGAUUUCCCUACCCUUUUAUAUACCUCAGCUAGUAAAAUACCUACCCUUUCAUUUACCAGAAGCCUGAAAAAGAUACCUGGGGGUACUCAACAAAUGUCUAUAGGGAAGGCUCCGCCACAAGGUCCAACCCCUUAGCUUUUUAUAUACCAUUUUUCACGAAAAAGGUCGUAUACCUUCUAUUGACAAAUGGUACCCCUUUCACAUACCUUGUUUAGAACUUUGCAUCCCUUUUAACAGCUGUUAAUGCACUGUCUUUUAAAUAGGAAUCAAUCACAAAAUAGAAUGUUUUUUCGACUUCAUAAAACCAUAAAAUUCAUCUGGUUGGGCCCUUUCACAGACCCAAAUGACAGAUUUCCCUACCCUUUUAUAUACCUCAGCUAGUAAAAUACCUACCCUUUCAUUUACCAGAAGCCUGAAAAAGAUACCCCUUUCGGGCGAAGCCUCCCUGCAUAGGCCAUCAUAGGAAGUACCCUCCCCCCCCGGGGGAGGGGGCUUAGUUACCAUUUACCCAAACCGUGAGCCGACCGGUUUGCCCAUGUAAAUGGUAAACAACCACCUCAUUGUGUUUGUGUGUGUGUGUGGUUUUUUCUUUUAGCUUGUGACUGCUUCAGUCAAGGUACAGUGGUGCCGCCUGGUCAUAGUCCAGCCGAUCCACUUCCAUGUGAUGACGAAGGCAAGUGUACUUGUUUGAGAAAUGUUAUCGGAGACAAAUGUGACAGCUGUAGAGACACAUACUGGAAUGUUGGCUCCGGGUUUGGCUGCGAGGAAUGCAUGUGCGACCCUACUGGCUCACUAAACAACAGCUGUGAUGUCACAACUGGCCAGUGUCCGUGUAAGCCUGGGGUAACCGGAAGGACGUGCGAUCAAUGUCAGGCUGAUCAUUACAGCUUUUCUUCCCAAGGAUGUUUACGUGAGUUUCUUCUCCUUUUUUCCUCAGAUUUUACAGGGUGUGAAAGGUAUUCUCGGAAUCCGGUAUUUGAUUUGACUUGAUUCAGGAAAACUCCAAAUUUCUUCACGGGAUAUGGAUAUAUGGAUGAUGGAAAAAAGACGCAAAAAUGAGAACCCGAAAAAAUUCGAGCCCGCAAAAAAUUAGUAACACCCGUAAUUCAAAUUUCAACUUCAUGUUAAAAGCAUCACAAUUUCCUGGGGUUUCCUACGGUGCAAAUGCGCGAUUCACUGGAGAUAUUAAAUUCAGUUGUACACAGACUGCACGCAUGUAACUAAAGGUCUAAUAUUUUUGCUGCUUGUCUUUCCCUUUUAGCCUGCGAUUGUAAUCCACAAGGUUCUCUUAAUGAGAGCUGUAAUGAGUUUGGCGUGUGUAAUUGCAAACCUGGCGUCUUGGGGAUCAAGUGUGAUUCGUGCAUGGAAAACAAGCACAAUUUGUCCGUGGGUUGUGUGAGUAAGUUAUCACCAAGUGCCGGUUAGCUGACAGCUCACUGAUGAAAGAUUGUUUUGAACACUUUGUUAGCGCGGUAAAUACUUAUUGUCUAGGAAGAGCAAAACGAUUUUGUACGGUACUAUCUUGUCCUGCAAAUGACUUAACCUUCGCUUGCCUCGGAUGUCAUUACCGCGUAGAAAUUAAAGCAGUGUCAUUGAGAAAUACCUCGUGCUAAAUUUCCUAACGCGUGAAAUAAAGGAGUCUUUUCUUGGUCGCAGUAAUCCCUUUCUCACGGAAAACCCUUUUUACGCGCACGCCUAAGAUUGGUACAUUUGACAUGAGUUACAGUGUUGCGACUUUGUCCUUGGUAGAAAAUAUAACUGGCAGUUAACGACACAUGAUUUUAAUCUGCGCUUAUCAAAAGGAAGGGCGGAUUUCAAAACACAGUGUUGUGCUAAGAGCUUGCGUGAUGGACCCCCGGAAGGGAAGGGAAAAGGAUAGCCUUUCGAGUACUUGAAGGGCGUGCGCGCGAGGGAGGAGCGAGAAGACAGCCCCAGCAUAACCAUUGCUUGGCGAUCUGCUCUUCUUUCUCGUGCGCUGUUCGCGUAAUCGCGCGGUUAAUUUUUAUCUUUCCCCCGCAUUCGAGCGUUUUGCGGAGACUAAAUGUUGUUACUUUUGCGUUCUGUUGCAAAUUUUCUUUUAAUCUAGUGCAGGCAACCUGGUCGCUAUGAUAGCGUUGCAAAAGACUUUUUGAACCAAUCUACAAACCUUUCAGAAAAUUACGACUGUUUAUUGAUUACUUUAAUGUUUUUCAUCUCCUCCAUAGCAUGUCCUCCGUGUUACAACGAUAUCAAAACAUUAGUGACCCGCAUGCGUACAAACAUCCGUAAACUCGUCAGGUUUAUCCAGCACUUCAACUUGAAUUCUACCGGCGCACUAGUAGUGGACCUAGACUUUGAAGCGCAGCUAAGGGAAUUAACAUCGGCAGUCAACAGCCUUUUGGACAAAGCAGAAACAUCCAAUUUAACAGACCGCCAUCUGCAGCAGCAACUAGAGAUAUUAGACAGGCGAGUGGGUGCAAUAACCGAGGUGUUAUCUGAUGUGAAAAACGGCACUGACUUGACGGAAGCUGUUAUGGUCAGUGCAAUUGGAGACAUUUCCGAUGCCGAGGAAUCGAUCAAUCGUUCUCGAACACUUCUUGACGAGGCCGAGAAGCUGUUAGUUGAGGAGGGAGUUGCCGCUCUUAAUGAGUCCAUACACGCUGCCAACAGGUCAAGUGAACAUGCCUCAAGAAUGGAGGAAAUACUUAAUGAGGUACUUUUGAAGUUACUGUUUAUUUUUUCGCAGAACAGGGCUCAAAAUAACGGCCGGUCACAGGACAAUUUCCGGCCAAAAUGGCGUCUUGCCGUCAGUUCUUUUUAGUCUAAGACACCAUUAGCACCAAUACUGAGAGAAGAAAACCGCUUAAAACAACAGGGACAAACUCUGGGUGUCUGUUCUAUGAAGGGCCAUUAAGAUUUGGAGUUAACUGUGUCCAUAUAAAUUUGUAUUGAUCUCUCUAGACAAGUGCUCUGGCGGACAAACAGGAAAAAGACGCUAACUUUAUCUCCGAAAAGGCAAGCGAAACUCUCAACAAGUCCACAGAAGCUUUGAGUUCCACGAAGAAGGCAGUGAAUGAACAGCAAAAGACAAGUGAUGGUAUAGAAGAGUUGCUUAAAAAACUGAAUAGAACCAUCGCAUUGUAUGAACAGGCAGCAAAUGCUACUAAAAAGUCACGUGAUGAUUCCCAGAGUGCAUUGGAUGAAGCAAAUGAACUUUACAAGAAUGGAACUGCUCCUAUUCCAGACCUCGGAUUGCUGGAAAUGCAAGGUGAUGCGAUGGUAAUUUAAAAUGUCGGGUGCUGUAAAGAAACCAAAGUGUAGUGAAAUUAGAUACGGAGAAAAAUUUAUGACUGCCUUGUAAGGGAAAUUCUUUAUAGAGGUUGGCAACCGGAGCAUUUUUAAACAUGAGUGACUUAUAAACGUUAACUCUUAAGAGUCGCUUCUAAUAGGGAGCGAGUAAUGUAAAUUACAUGAAAACUUAGACGUGUUAAACUUUAUUUGAUUUCCUUUUCCAUGUAGCAAACUUGGCCUUUAUUCUCUCUUGUGCGGUAUUCUUCUUUAUUUUUAAAAAAAGCUGCCUGGCGUUACUUUUGUUGAAUUCUGCAGUAAAACUAAACGUACAUGUUAUUACUUUUUAGCAAAACUUAACACAUCAAAAGAAGCAGUGGCCUACGCAUCCGAGAAUGCUCAGCAGAUUCUCGAUGCGCUGGAAGCUUUAGUCCAGAGCUUCAACAGAAAAGAAGAUGAAGUGAGGAGAAAAAUGGCUGAAUGGCCAGGCCUGAUUAGAAGACUCGAAGACCUGUUGACGAAUGUUACCAGUGCUAAUAGUACUGCACAUGACGCUAUCGCGCGAGGAGAGGACACGUUAAAAAAGGCCAAAGAUAUGUUGGACAGGCUUAGGGUAACAAUCGUGUUUUUUGCUCUUUGACGCUUCUGCUACGUAAGGCAGGAAUUUAAUAUUAGAGGCAAGGAUUGGUACAUAGAGGAUUUUACAUGGACGUGCGGAGAUACGAAAUUUCUCUUCGAGUGUUGAAAUAUUUUCAACACGAGAAGAGAAAUUUCGUAUGUCCAAGCGGCCAUGUAAUGUUCUCUUUAUUAUAUAAACACCAAUGGAAUACAAAACCAUUUCAGUUAAAUUUUUUUUCCUGCGAAAGGCGCGAUUUAUUAUGUAGCCAUAGCAACGGUGAUCUUUUCACAUGUGAAGAUAUCAUGUUUUUGCGCGAAAGCUCACCUGGUAUUUAAUUGGUGUUUGGUGUUAUUGAGCGGUCUUCUGCGCGAGAGGUCUCGAGUCCGAGUGCGAGUUGAGAUAUCAAAUCCUCUUUUCUAGUUCUUUCUUUUCCGUGUAAUUUAAGUAGCUUGAAAUACCCGUAAAAUGAGCGCACCUUCGGCGUCAUGUUUGUUAGUCAGAUGACUAUUUUAAACUACCGACGUAGAAUAUGGAAGCUUUAUCUUUACCUUGUAAAUGAAAAAAUGAGAAUAUCGCUAUCGCAUGUUAACGAAAGUAGUUGUGCACGCUAUAAUAUUACAAUCAACUAGCGGUAUACAUAACUAGCCUUAUAAUCUAGAGUAUUCCCCUGACUGGUCUCUAAAUUUAGGUUUCUGUGCUUCAUAACUUCUCUGUUUUUAGAGAGUGGAUGCAGAACGAAAUUAAAUGUCAAAUAAAUGUCGCAAAAUAAUCAACAAAUCCGAUUAUUCGCUCACGUAUUUAAAUGAAUUUAUGACCGGCACUAAAUUGGAGGGGUAUUUGUCAGCUGAUGUGUAGAAGACGAGACUGAUUUUCACGGAUCUGCUGAAGUCAAAUAUUUUUCAUACCGCUUAUACCCCACCCCGGUUUAUCAGCUUCUUUAAACAUCAGACUGUAAUCUGUAUGCCUGCAUGGGUUUUCCCUUUGUUCUUCUUUCACUUUUUUUUCAUUUCUUUUCUCCCUGUCCUUCUAACUGAAACUUAAUAUUUCUUGGAUCUUAUUUUCCAGAAAUUUAACGAGAUCAUCGACAGUUCCAGAGCCGAAGCAGAACGCGCUGAGGCGAAUAUACCAGAGAUUGAACGGCUUAUUAACUCAGCAAACAACAAAUCAGAUGAAGCUAAUGGUCACCUGAGUGAUGCUCAAGAUCGAGCUGAUGAUGCGCAGUCCAACGCUAAACUGGCUUAUGACACGGCUAAUAGAACUCAACAGGUAAGCUUGUCCACGACCGGCUGAUAAUAGACCUUUUCUCGGUUUUGGAAGCCAUCUUGACGAGUAGGCAACCGCGUGAGAAACUACAGUGUUUGUAUGGGAAUCUAGAAUUGAAUGAUUCCCGUAAAACGGCUGUUCUGAAAAAAAAAAAUGAACUGUGAACUUAAGCUACACAGCAAGGGAUUUUACUAACAAAUUUUGGGGACCGUACACUAAUUGUGCCUAAAUUUCUCCAGACUCUUGCUUUAGAUUUUCCAUAUAUUUGUCUGCAAUUUUUCCCGGCAAAUUUUAGUCGGCAGGAAGAGAAAUCUUUACAGACAAUGUAUGGAAAAUUUUAAAAAGUGGUUUUAGCACAUGUAGCUGCAUGUAACGCCCUGAAAUUUUUUCGGUAUUAUCGUUAGCAGUGAAGCUUUAGUUUACAAUUCAUCUUUUUUAAAGAACAGCCGUUUUACGGAAAUUAUUUGACAUUAAAUUGUCAUACAAACUCUGUAAUUUCUCACACGGUUGCCUAGUCGUCAAGAUGGCUUCCAAAACCGUGACAAGGUUCAGGUGCUGGCCUCUUGCUGAAUUUUAGUGUUCUCUGUAUUCUCGGUUGUGACUUUCAUCCCUAGGGAUGAAAAACGAGCUCCCCUAAAAACGCCUGCGUGGGAGGCUAGUUCGCCGCCUACCAGUCGGGAUUCUUAACCAUGUUAUGUUCCAUUGAAUAAUUUAUUUCAUUAUCCCUGUAGAGCCCCGGUUAUAAGGGGAGAGGAUAAUCAAGUUUUUAUUACUCUUAUUAUCAUUUAUUUUUAAACAGAAAGCUGAAAUAAUCAAAAACGAAGCUUUAGAACUUGAGAUCCCUCAAGACAACGUGACGGAGCCGGUGUCAAAAGCAAAUGAUAAGUUAACAGAGUAUAAGAAGAGUGCCAAUGAACAAAGCCAGAGCAUCGCGUCCGCUCUAAAUACGACCAAGGUGGCCGGUUCUGCAGCUAAGAAAGCGCGAGAUAAAAUUAAAGAGGUUCUUGACAAGCUGUUGGCGCUGCUGAAAGAGAUUGACAAUGUGGGAACAGUGAAUACCACCAGGCUUGAUGAACUGGAAAAUCAGCUCUUCAACAGAACGAAAACGAUCAACGAAGUCGACGAAGAAGUGGGGUCAGUGGAGAAAACACGAGUAGUGAUAAGGGAAAAGAUUAAAGAGUACACUAUCGAUCUAGAGAAACUACGAGCCGCUAAAAACGUAUUGGAGAAGAGGUACGCCCAGCUUCCAAAGGUGUGCCCACGAGUCACCCCUACUACUGAACAGCGGAGAUUUCUUUAGGCUUCAUGUGUUCAGGUUCCAUGUAUUUAGCCCUGAAAUCUGACCUUCCAGUAGUAACGGCCGUUUCAGGGGCUAAACAGAAAAGUCCGCUAUUGUGUAAUUUCUAUACAUUUAACGCAUUUCAGAUUGGUUUUACUGCUUAAAGACUCUGUACUGCAAAUAUGAUGCUGCAAACAGUUGUCACUUGCAAUGCCAUGCAAUAUUUAGUGAAUAAACGCCAGUUUGUCCAAGACACGGACGCUUGGCAAACAAAACGACGCUUCAAAGACAACGGUAAAAUUUGACAAUAAUCUUCAAGGCAAUGACCUUCACCCUCACCCUUUGCAUUCACCAACAGGCCGAGAAAGGGUACAUUUAUUCUAAAACCCUCGAAUUCUUCAAUGCCGUAGAGGAAUGAUUAAAGAGCUUUAGAUUUGAGAACGAGAUAGAGUACGAGUAGGAGAUUUAACUUGAAGUUUUGCUUUUUAUUUGUUCUCCAAAAAAAAGCCACCCCGGGAAGCUUCAUUUUACCUUUCUUCACCAAAAAAGUUAGUACGGUUAUUUAUACUGAAAGAGGUUUAAGCGCUCUCCUCAUAGAAAAAUGAUAAAAGGUCUUACAUUUGAUAACUUGUUCCCGCCACUACGACAUGCUCGCUGAAACUCGCAGUGGAAUGAUGAUGGCUAUCACUUUUUCCCGUCAAAAUGACGCUGGUUCACACGUGAGCAAUAUUCAGUAUUGAGAAAAUCUCGUACUCGUAGUCGUACUCGUCCUGGGAAUUCAGUAAUAUUUUGUGGGUUGAGUAUGUCAUUGCAUUGGAAGAGAGUUUUCAACAAAUCCCACCGUUAGCCUCUUUGAUUAAAUAUUUAGCAUUGUUAUUAUAUUAUUAAAAUUAAGAUCACGUAUCCCAUAUUUAUUUAAAACGGAUUUUGUUUUUGCGGAUUAGACUUGAGUCCACACGUAUCCGAUAAAAAUUGUCCUCUAAAACGCUCUCCAGAGUGGGCAUAUGUUAAACGUUGUUUUCCCGUAGUUGUGGAUGGAUGAAAACGGAAAUUUUAAAAAUGGGCUCCUGGCUACGUAACACAAGCAUUAAAUUGCCUGGCGAAGCAACAUGGCCGAGCAAACAUUGAUUUGUAUAGGCUGCUAAUACAGCCGUGUCUCCAUGCUCCUCGCCGCAAGAGAUGUCUGCGAUUCGGCUAGCCUGCGUAGCAAGCGUUUCUGUUUGGUUUCGAAGCAAAGAAAGACUUCGGUUUUGGCCGCGCGAGAAAUGAAACCAGAGCCAAAAAAUGAAAAAGGGGGGAGGGGAAGGAGGAAGGAAGGUCUCCUUUCCUCCCCAUCUCCUCCCCGAUCUUUUUCUUGCGCCACUUUUCGCGCGGUCUUUUACUCUGGUUCCUCGUUCUUUGCUCGUAAACCGCACGGAAACGCUUGCUAUGCAGGCUACGAUUCGGCCCCAAAAAUUCCAUUCUGUUGACGUACAUUUGUUCGGAAUCUGGUCAACGAGCGCUGAUUGGUCGACGCGCGAAACGUUCCUGGCGACGAAGUGCGAGGACAGACGGCUGUAUUCGCUGGCUAUGAUUUGAGAGGGAGAAUUUCAGAUGUAUUCAAGGCCAGUCCGUGUAAACUGAAACGAAUACGCGUGGACGGGCGAAAAUGACUCGAAAACGAUACGAUACGUGUGGACACGAUUUUUUUUGGAAACAACAAACGGGAAAAAUUCCUUUAUGCAAUUAAAAAAACGGGAUAUUUGUAAACGGGCCUGAGACUUCAUAAUACAAAAAGAUUUAAACGUUUACUGUAUAUUAUGGAGAAACGCUGCUUGAAAGCAAACAAUUCAUUAUCAGUGCUUAAAUUUGUAAUACUAUUCACAGUACCUUGAGAAGAAUUCAAUAUUACUUGCAAACAUUUUGAAAUAUUUUUGUACGAUAGUCGGCUUAUUUUGAUGCUUUUUAUAUACCUUUUUUGCCUACCAUAUUUAUUGGCUUACAUUAAGCAGUUUUGUAUGAGGAUCUUAAAACUUACAGGGUGGAGGUUACACAGGACCCGCUUUGUUUGAGUUAUUUUUGGAGUAUGUAUGUUAAAUAAUAAUUGAGAUACUCUUACGCCUUUAUUAAAUCGUUAACACUUCCCGCAACUAAGGCUCAAUGAAGAAGACAUCAUUUUCAUUCGGAACGACCUUUUCUCGGAGAGUUCAAGGUUGGCCUGACACUGGUUGGUUUGUUUGUUUCUCAUAACAAACCAAAUAGAUAGGAGAAGUCGUCACCUCACGUUGCCAUGGUAGCGAAAUUUCUGGAUGACAACAAAUCAAAAACGUCACUUGUGAAUUCGCACUGUUUCAAACUUCAUCGAUCUUAUUCAGUUUCAUUCAAUUUGUUUAAAUGUCGACGGAAUUCUCUGGGGUUGAAUCCGAAACCACCUUAUGUGAGUUCAGAAAAAGAAAAUUUUUGUGCUGUGUUCAUCAACUCCAUAGAGUGGGCGCGUGAAAUUAGCAAGUUGCAUGUCGCAUUCUUGCAACGACUGCUAAGAAAUGUACAAAAAAAAGGGUGAUUUGCCGUUCUCGUUGUUGUCUUUUGUCGUCCUUGCUUAAGCUUUCUAUUGUUGUGAUGCACAAAUUUUUGCUACCAUGGUAACGUGACGUCACACUUCCCCUCUCAAUUCUGCCUUCCUGUCUCGUUCCUGUUUAAGUCCCCGUAUACUCCUCCAUUCAGCAGUUCCGUUGCCACGUAGUUGAAUUGUCGGUAAAUCAAUGCAGCGAAGCCAACUUUCUUCACUAGCGCACAACUGCCCUUUGCGUGUCAGCUGGGGACGAGACAACCCUACUUGUAGCAGUUUAAGCUAGUUUACAGUUUUACUUUGACUACUUUCAAUUGCUGCAAAGAAUAGUGAUAUUGUGCUGUUAAACUCUAUUUUUUGAAAAUACCGUGGAAGGCUGUUAACACAGUUAUUACAUAGGCAUAACCACAGAUGGAGAAUAUGAGGCCAUUGCCGCUUUCAGCCUGUUCUUCAAACCGAGCCCUGUAGGGGUGUCUCUAUCCACAGGCUACCCACGCAGAUGCUCGCGUGAUGUCAUAACGUUUUUCGCUUGCAUUGCAAUUUUCCUUUUACUCUAUCUGAAAGCUAUUUUACAUGAGAAUGGAAACAGUCACACAACCACUGCCAGAGCAGAGAGCGUAAGUAGAGAUGAAAAAUUAUUGAAGGCGC